UUGGACUCACCGCACUUUUCCCCUUCCCUUCUCCUUUCUCUCCAAAGCUGUCGUGUCUGUCGAUGGCAAGCCGGUGAGAGUUCAGCUCUGCGACACAGCUGGUCAGGAUGAAUUUGACAAGCUCAGGCCUCUGUGCUACACCAACACGGACAUCUUCUUGCUGUGCUUCAGCGUGGUGAGCCCCUCGUCCUUCCAGAACGUGAGUGAGAAGUGGGUUCCCGAAAUCCGAUGUCACUGCCCCAAGGCACCCAUCAUCCUGGUUGGGACGCAGUCGGAUCUCCGGGAGGAUGUCAAAGUUCUCAUCGAGCUGGACAAGUGCAAAGAAAAGCCGGUCUCGGAGGAGGCUGCGAAGCUCUGUGCCGAGGAAAUAAAAGCCGCGUCCUACAUCGAGUGCUCGGCUUUGACUCAGAAAAACCUCAAGGAGGUCUUUGAUGCGGCAAUCGUGGCUGGUAUUCAGUACUCGGAUACCCAGCAGCAACCAAAGAAAUCCAAGUGUAGGACUCCAGACAAGAUGAAAAACCUCUCCAAAUCCUGGUGGAAAAAAUACUGCUGUUUUGUAUAGGGGUUGCAAGGACCUGAUUGCUGCUCUGAGGAAAUCAAAUAGAGGCUAUAUUAGCUGAAAUCUCAUUCUGUGUCGUCCCGAGUGUAUAGUGUAGAUCUGUAUGUAUGUGUAUAUGUUGCUACUGGAUAUCUCGGUUGCCCUUUCGAGGGUGGCAGAAGGAUUCUUAGUUAAAUAAUUGCUAUAAAAUCAGGUCUGGCAUCCAGUUUUGUGACUAAAACCUCUCAUUAAGGAAGAAAAGCACCACGUGUCUGUGAGGGUGGAAGGAUUUGUCCAACGGAUUCGACUUCGUGUGUUGUAAGGUGUAUGCGAUGGGGAGGAGCACACCGGAGGCCUUCGCUGCCAGGGCUUCGCAGGAGGAACGCGCCAGCAACGGUGGAAACGUCGAGCUCCGUACACGGACCUUUAAAGGGAAAAAUAACACUGUGCCUCCUAACUGACAUUUGUAGCUUUAAAAUCCCACUCCUGCUCUCUCCUCCGUGUCUUCCCAAGCCAACGCUCUAAGGGAUCGCUUUAAAAAGGGUAUGCGAGAGGUCUAAUCUAUACGCAAAUGCCACGGUUGGAAAGGUCAUGAAUAUACCUUCAGCAUGCAGCGAGG